AUGGAAUAUGCCCGUAAACUUGGCCUGCUACACAUCCUGAUCAGUGUUAAAGAAACUCUUCUGGAACACACAAAAAAAGAAAAGAAAUUAAGACUCUUAGAACUGUAUCACAAAGAGAUCAGUUUCACAAAGACUCUUCCGUAUGACAAAGACAUCAGUGUCACAGGGACUCUUCCAUAUGACAAAGACAUCAGUGUCACAGAGACUCUUCCUUAUGACAAAGACAUCAAUGUCACAGGGACUCUUCCCUAUGACAAAGACAUCAGUGUCACAAGGACUCUUCCCUAUGACAAAGACAUCAGUGUCACAGGGACUCUUCCAUAUGACAAAGACAUCAGUGUCACAGGGACUCUUCCCUAUGACAAAGACAUCAAUGUCACAGGGACUCUUCCAUAUGACAAAGACAUCAGUGUCACAGGGACUCUUCCCUAUGACAAAGACAUCAGUGUCACAGGGACUCUUCCAUAUGACAAAGACAUCAGUGUCACAGGGACUCUUCCCUAUGACAAAGACAUCAAUGUCACAGGGACUCUUCCAUAUGACAAAGACAUCAGUGUCACAGGGACUCUUCCAUAUGACAAAGACAUCAGUGUCGCAGAGACUCUUCCAUAUGACAAAGACAUCAGUGUCACAGGGACUCUUCCUUAUGACAAAGACAUCAAUGUCACAGGGACUCUUCCAUAUGACAAAGACAUCAGUGUCACAGAGACUCUUCCAUAUGACAAAGACAUCAGUGUCACAGGGACUCUUCCAUAUGACAAAGACAUCAAUGUCACAGGGACUCUUCCAUAUGACAAAGACAAAUCAAUAUCACAGAGACUCUUUCGUCUAAGAAAGACAACAGUGUCACAGCGACAGUUCAUAUAA